AUGUUCAGUUUUUUCGGAAAUCGUAAUAAAGACUCUAACAAGAAGUCAUCGUCAGAGGGAGGUACAGAUGGGUUCGUGAUAAUAGGUGAGAAACAAAUAAUGAAACGUCAACCUGCUGACUUUUUUAAGAGUCAGAAAUGUGUAGCUGCUAGAAACUUUGAGGUUUCAGGUCAUCCUAUUGCUCAGUAGGCUCUGCUCAGUUCCGAAACUACCACAUUUACCCAACAUCUAACAAGUUGGGCAGAACACACACAUACAUAAGGUAAUUCUGUGAUUGUUAUUUAAUCCAUGAAAUGUGUGGAUUCCAUAAUGCUCUACUGGUUGUACCAAUCUUGUUUCAUAAUUAAAUGUCUCUAAAUGGCCCCUGAGUGGCUGGGCCUCUCCUGGUCGCCUACUGAUAUCACCCAGAACAAUGCUGUGGGGGUUGUGUGUCAGAGUUGCACACAAUGACGUGUCCAGUGCUACUGUAUUCUAAAAUUGUAUUUUAAAUGUUUCAAUGCACUUUUAGUCAAUAACAUCGGUCUAUAUUUUUUGUUUAUCUUGUUAUUUUUUACAUUUCUACUAACAAUUUUAUAUCAACAAGACUAAAUCCUGAACCUCUACUUUGUAACACUAGUAAAUACUAUAAGCUUAAAAAACUGUUUCAUUCCACAUGUAGUUUUAAGUUCGUCACCAGCAUUGAAUAAUGUCUUUCACCACUUCUUUGAGGCUGAGAUGAACCUGAAAUGAAAAUAGGGAGUUGCGCAUCAUAGUUUCCUCAUGCUCAUGGGCGUAGUAAUACGUCAUAACAAGAAAUUAGCAUAUGUUUAUCAUUUGCUCAAAACGAUAAUAUAGGAUUGCUACACGCUUUACUCAGAAAUGAAGAUAAAUCCUGCCAAUUUGAAAGGUCCAAGGCCACAUAACCUCCUUUAGUACCUUUCAAAAUCUAAGCCCCAAAUAAUGAAAAUGUUAUUGUUAGUCAGGAAGCUCCCUCAUCCAUCUUUCCUCUACCAGUAAAGUGCAGUAUAAUUGGCUCUUUAUCCCGUGGCUUUGAUUGGGAGCGCUGCUGGUGGACCUGGGUUCAAAUACUACUCCAAAUAAUUUCAAAUACUUUAGCUGGGCUUGAUUGCUCUUGCCCGGCUCAAUGGAACCAAUAAAGUAGUCGCAAAAGUGCAAACGCCGCCCAUCGGGCGCUCCAGACAGGCUAAAGCUAACGGCUAAAGUAUUUAAAGUGAUUUCAAAUGGUAUUUGAACCCAGGUCUGGCUUUUGGUGAAGCAGUAGACACAGAUGGUCAGGAGUUGUAUGUUUCUUUUGGCAGACAGAAGAGCGCCAGUCUCAGAGCCAGCGUUUCUUCCCAGAUAAAGGAGAAAGAGUCUGACUGAGCUCACAGACGUUUUAGUGUAAACCCAAUGACUGUGCUCUGAUCAAAGACGCCAAUGAUUAGAGAGACUGUGUGUUUCCUAAGGAAGGAAGGGCUCAGUCAGAUGGCUGAUGAAACUAUGGAGUUUAAAAGGUGAAGCACCAAAACGGAAUUAAUAGAUUUACUCUAGGUGUAAUCAAUGUUGAUAGGAGUUGUUACAGAGCGCAAAUCCAACAAUGUAGGACUAGGCUUCAGUCAGAGUUGGGGUAGUGGCUUUCAAUUCAAGUACAGUUAGGCUAGUUUGUCUAGUUGCAUUGAAUGAACAUUCAAAUAUCAUUUUCUGUGAGGAUUUAAAAAUAUAUAAUUUUAAAUAGUUUUUACUGUAUAAACUGACAUAAAAUAUUAGCUGUAAAGGGUAGCCAUUACAUUUGCCAUCUGCACCACAGCCUCUUUCCACAUUACGAGCUUUCCUGGUACUGAUGGCUCCAGACCAAAGGGAGCAGAUGUUCUUACAAAGCUGAUCUGGCUGUCUGGGUCCGUAUGGCAGGGGGCAUAUCAUGUGCCACUCCACUACCCUUUCACUUCCCCAGCCAGCGGCCUGCCGGUUGGGUAGGUUAAGGCCGGGGCUGGGCUGUGGGAGAGAGCCAGCGGAAAAUCCCAGUGGGCAGGGAACUGGGUGGCUGUCAGCCUGAUCGUCUGUGGACCUUCUCGCAUCCAUCCACAUUUAGUUAUUCAGGCUGAGAGAAGUCCUCCUGGGGAAAGAGCGAUAGGGAGAGAGAGCAAGGAGAGAAGGCUUUAAAGGGGCAGUGCAGUAAAAAAAAAUAUUUUCCUUAAAUAAAAUGGAUAUUUCAACACUAUUAUGUCGAAAUAACACUCUGAAAUUGUGAAAAUGACGAUAAUGCCUUUUUUGUGAAAGAGCUAUUUUUUUUAAACACCUGGACUUUCAGCCUGUUCAGGUGAGAUGGAAGUUUUUGGCCCACAGUAUGAUAUCACAAUCUGAUCUGAUUAUUCUGACCAAUGACCAGUCAUUUUUUUAUUUGCAUUUGUAUCCUCCCACAUUGAAGGGGUAAGCGGGGUAGACUCUUGACAUUCCUGUCCGCCAAUCAGGGCUGUGUAUAUAACAAUUUGUGUCAACACACCGACACAAUCAGACUGAGCAUUUCAAUGGCAAAAGGAUAAAUAAAUUAUAAAAAAUAUAUUUGGAGUUAUUUUCAUUAAAUAAACACACACACAGUAUAAUUGUAUUAGACACACAGUGACGAUUUAAAAAUAACAUUAUAAAGACUGCAUGGUUGCUUUAAGGGAAAACAAUCUGCAUAGUCUACCCCUGAUGCUAGAUGGAGGGAUGGUUCACAUUUGUCAGGGGGUCAUGGAGUCAAAUCUCAUUCUACCUCAGAAGAUUAGCUAAUUAGCUAUUACAAUAACGUUUUUUGACAGGGUUUGUAGCAUACAUCAGGCGAAUCUCUCUCCCCAGUCUAAGCUGUUCAUUUGCAACACCUAAUAUUUUCUCCUCCAUUCUGUUAGAUGGAAUCCAAUGAGAAAGGAUUUGUUUUAUGAUCUCAGAAGUCAUCUCUGUGAUCCAAGUCUAGGGCCUUCAGUCCCUCAAAGGCAGGGUGUGUGUGUGUGCACCCCUGCCUGCAGCUGACACUCUUGAGGAGUGGGCCUGGUUGACUGCUGAAGUCAUGAGCAGCUGCCUGUGCCUCUUCUGGGAGCCCAUAUCCCUCUCUCACAGGCUCUUAACCCAGCCGACAGACAAUAGCCUCACUUGUAUUUGGAUGGCUGUCAGUGUCUACAGUCUCACGACAGUUCCAAGGAGUCUCUUUCACUGACAUCGUGUUCAAAGGCCUACACCCCCACACCACAUUCAUUUUAACCUUUGUUUUCAGCUGUUGCUUUUCCCUGUCUAAAGUCUUUAUUUAUUUAGCCAGGAUAGUAGUCCACACAGUAACAAUUGCCACUGUUUUCCAGGGAGUCCUAAAGUCAUUGCAGGUAAUGCAAGGAUGGGUGUGCAUGUGUGCAUCAUGCAUGUGAGUUCAUAAGUGUUUAUAGUAAUUGAUCACUGGUCGCUUAACAGAAGAUUGUGACUUAACCCCUCCAGAAAAUAAAUGUGAGGCUACUAACAGUGUCCAGCAUUAGUAGAGCUAGUUUGUUGUAGCCUAUCUGUGCUGGCAAAGCUGUUUAAGAGAAGCCUGCUAGCCUGACAAGCUGCAUGUCAUUGACAAUGUCCACGCUCUGAGCAGGUCACACAACUCCAGCACGAAUCAUGACAUAACGUGAUGUCAUUGACAAGGUCCACACUGCACAGAGCAGGUCGAUGCAGAAUGUAAUGUGCACCUUUUCAUUCCUCUUCGCUUGAUCAGCUCAUGAUCCAAGCCAGAACCUUAGGCCUCUCUCCUGACCUGACACUGUUUAGACAAGACUAAAAUAUAUAUAUAUAUAUAUACGUGUUUGCCAGUCCAGUUUCCACUGGCAGUUAUCCAAACACACAAAGAGGAAGUAUUUUCAUGAUGUUGAAUGUGAAAACAUGCAGCUUACAAUAAUGUGAAGUCAAGUACAACUGACCUAACCUGUCCUCUGUAUCAUAAAGCAGAGAUUGUGUGUGUGUAUAUUUUCUUGCUUUAGCCUGGUUAUCCCUCUCUCCUUCUGAAGGAUUUCGUGAAUGGGAGCGAUAAACUCCUGCAUGCUAUUAAGCAGAUGACGGAUGCAUACUCUGUGUGUUACUGACUGAGAGAGAGCGGGAAGGAGGGGCCUGUGUCUAACUGACUGAGCCCAGAGACAAGGCCAUGCCUGUACAAUGCUGACGACACAUAAAGAGGAGAAUACAGGCUUACUUUACAUGGCAUUAUUUAGAUGCCCUUGUUGUCCUAGAGGACUUAAAUAUUGCACUGCUUGCUGUGGAAUAAUGUGUGUUCUGUAGGUGAGCAAUGCCUACCAUGCCAAGAAUUCAUUCAUAAAUGUGGAUGGAAAUGUGGCCUAAAUCUUGUGAUGAAAUUGUGGGAAGGGCUAUUUUUGUACCUGUAGGACUAAGGGGGGCAAAUCAAAGCUUUAAAUUCAAGGCAUAGAAGGAAUUUAUAUUGCAUACUUCUAUGCCUCAAACAUUGAUGGAAAUAUGAAUAUGAUAAUAGUAAAGUAAGACAAUAGACAAAAUAUUUUUAUUUAAACAACAUAUUUUUAAGCUGCAAUAUGUAUAACUUUUUGGGUGACCUGACAAAAUUCACAUUCACAAUGUAAGUUCUAGAUCUGUCAUUCUCAUUGAAAGCAAGUCUAAGAAACUGUAGAUAUGUUCUAUGUGCAGUAUUUCUAUUGUUACAUUUGGUUUUGUACACCAGCUUCAAACCGCUAAAAGAAAAUACAAUAUUUUUGGAUAUCGAAAAUGUAUUUCACAGUGGUUUAGAUGGUACAAUUAUUCUCUACACUAUACUUGCUUGUUUUGUCACAUAAACUGAAAUUAAGCGAACCAUUAUCAUUUUAGCUACCAGGAAAUGACGGAGCGAUAUCUGCAUAGUGCAUAUUUUUAAAUAAAAAUAAUCUGAAUUUGAGGUUACUGAAGCUGAGAGACAUUGUACUACUAGCUGAUAGAUCCCAUAUUGAUCCUGUGCAGAGUAACGUAACCUCUGUUUUAUCAUGGUGCUCUGGGCCUCAGUUCCCUCUCAUAGAGAUCAUUUAACCCUCUAUAGAGAGAUACAUUGGGUGACUGGAGACACACUGAGCUCAGAUCAAAGGAAUCUGGUGAGAUCAGGGAGGAUGACUUCAUGCUGCAGAGAGAGUUCAGUCCCAGAGGAGAGGGGGAGUGAGGAGUGGAGACGAAAGAGAGGGAGAGAAAACAGGGAGGAGAGAGAGAGAGCGAGGGAGAAGAGGACAUUGACAAUGUGCAGUUAAUUAGUCUAGUUACUAAGGCUCAGUAGUUCUCCCCCAGAUGACAUGGUGCAAGAGGAAUGGGUUUGGGAACAUAAGCUAGGCUACACCAGAGAGAGGAAUGGGGUUGGGAACAUACUGUAGGCCAUGCUACACCAGAGAGAGGAAUGGGGUUGGGAACAUACUGUAGGCUAGGCUACACCAGAGAGAGGAAUGGGGUUGGGAACAUACUAUAGGCCAUGCUAAACCAGAGAGAGGAAUGGGGUUGGGAACAUACUGUAGGCUAGGCUACACCAGAGAGAGGAAUGGGGUUGGGAACAUACUGUAGGCCAUGCUACACCAGAGAGAGGAAUGGGGUUGGGAACAUACUGUAGGCCAUGCUACACCAGAGAGAGGAAUGGGGUUGGGAACAUAACUGUAGGCUAGGCUACACCAGAGAGAGGAAUGGGGUUGGGAACAUAGGCUAGGCUACACCAGAGAGCUGCAGGCAUGCUCUGGUCCACAUAGUGCUCUGUGGAACAGUAUUACUGUGUUACUAACUUUGUUAAUGCUGUGUAAUCCAUGAAUGUGAUCAGAACGCCACUCCACUCGUUAAACCACAUCUAAUCACCCAAUUGACCUGGUUUUCCCGAAGAAAGAAAAAAUACACCAAUCGGGCUAAUCACUUCUGUUAUGAAGACCACGGGGCAAGUAGGCCAUUGUAGACGGGGUUAGUAGUGGGUCGCAUGCAUGUAUUUUGAUGAAGAAUCUAGUCCUAGGCCUGUGGUGUAUAAUGACAGAAUAUAUUUUGGGUUUUUUUCUCUCCAGGAGAAACUGUGGAAGAACAGAGGCAGAAGAUCCAAAACGUGAACAUCAGCAAACCAUCAUGUAACGUCAUUGUGCAACCAUCAAAGGUGAUAGUAUUUUAUAACCAGGGGGUAGCGCUAUGCCGAUGGGGUGUCAUUUAGGACACAACCUGGGUUGUGUUACUCAAAACUGCCAAGUGGUUCGUCUCGCAAAUGUGCUCCUCAGUACCAGGAAACACAACUGUUGUAGACUUAAACAGCAUUGAGACUGACUGACUGUGUUACUAACUGCACAGAGUUUCCUCUACUUCUGUCUGGCCUGGCUCAUCCUGUCUUCAUAUAAUCUGCCUACAGUCUGCUGCUGCUGCUGUGUUGGUGACAGAUGCUGAGUGGCAUGGGUGUGAUCCUGUAAACACACACACACACACACAAAGGCUUGCGGACCAACGCAUGCCACUACCAUUCAGCACGCUCCAUCGCCGCUACACUGGGUCUGGACUGGAGUCUGGCCAUAUGGUGGCUGUAGAAAAGCUCUAUUAUGUUGUUGCUAGUUCUCUGUUUGAUCUGGUUGGUCCUACUAGUCCUUGAUGUCGCCUGUGGUCAUUAUUAUGGGUUUAAUCAAGGCCAAUAUGUCAAUGGCAGCUGUGUGUGUGUGUGUGUGUGUGUGUUGAAGCGUAAGCUGCAUAUGGUAACAUGGCACUGCAGCUUGGCUCCCAUUCAAUGAGUGCGAGCUACAGUGCUUUGCCCUCUCAUGUUGCACACACAGGAAGUUCUGACGCACCCUUCACCUAAGUUACAGACCCUUCACCUACAUACUGUACAGACUCCUACCUCCACCAAUAUAAACCUGUCGUGCUUCACACACUCACCAGUGUUAUGGGCAAUAUCUGAAAAACAAGGAGGGACAGAUGGCAGGACCACUACCUACAGUUUUCAGUAAUGGUUAUUACAACCACAAUAGUGAUUAAGAUGUAAGGUUACUUUAUAUGUGAAGUGCUAGAAGUCAUGAAAAAGAAGGAAAACCCCAAACACUGCUUGGUGUUCAUGCUCCCAGGUGAGUCCUCGUCACCACCGUGUUUGAGAGAUCAAACACUCAGUCAUUUAAGGAUGUUUCCGUGGUUACGUCCCAACCGAAUGCUCUUAAUUGGAGAGGAAUAAGCCAUUUCCUGUAUUUUCUCUGCAUUUAGGCUUUCAUUCCAAGGCCCAAAGCACAGCUUAAGUCUCAAAUCUAGCACUUUAUGUGUACACCAACUCCCUUUUGAAUCAACGAAGUCAGUUGAAGUGUCAAAAUAGCAGGCCUAUAAUAUGGUAGACACAGGAAAGAAUAAUUGUAUUGUGUGAUGCUUGUGUUUAGUAGUACACUUGCUGGUUGAGUUGCUAAGGUUACGGUUGGGGACAGCACCCUAGUGACUUCCUUCUGUGGAUGUUGAAGAGCUCUGAAACCUCGUCGGCGUCAAUCUGUUUUCACGUUUGCCAAAAGUUAGCCACAUUUUGUGUUCCUUGUUUUUUUGUGUAGCCUACACUUGUUUCUAAAUGCAAUGUCUGAAGGUGGACAUUUUCUCACCUCUUCUCCUUAGUCCUCCAGUGCGACACCUACCCAGACCCACCACUCUCCAGCCCCUGCUCUACCUCCUGUGAUCGCGCCAUCACCAGGGCAUAUGUGGAAGCCCCCGGCGCCCAUCGUGGAGGCCCCCCCGUCUCUCCCAGAGCUUCUAGGAGAUGUCCCAUUCACCCUGGCCCCCCAUGUUCUGGCCAAGCAGACAGGGGGUCCCGGGUUCCCCCUCUUCUCUGAGAUGCUGAUGUCUCCCCAAGACAUCAACCACAACCUGGCCUCCUUCAGCUACGACUUCACCCUGGAGAACUCUGUGCUCUGUGACCAUUGA